AUGAUGAUCCGACAGAACGACUUCUGGCUGUUCAUCAUGUCCCCGAAGCCGGUCUCAUCGAUGUCGAAGCGAAUAAAGUUUUGCGGGCGCGGGUGGAUACCGAAGGAAGCGUUAGGACCUGAAGGGAUAGGUUAUCACGUGCGGAGCGCUGCGUACUAUAACAGUGAGCAAAAUCGCUUCGAACUUUUGUGUUUACGGCAUGUCCAAGAUCCGCCGUACUUGGAGGAGAAGGCUUCAGAGAUUCCGUCCGGUACCCUCCGCGGCCCCAACAAACCCCUACCUCCAACCCCCAACGAGCUACCCCCCGAUCAUGAACACCCAGAAAACGGCACCCUCCGCCAACGUAAUGGAAGAAGCCCGAGUCAACAGCGACACCAUAUGGUCAAGGCCGCCUCUAUGCCCGAUUCUACAACGUCUACAGUUGAUGCGAGAUCUCCGGAAUUUGGGGUUGGCCACGAUUCUUCGAGUGAUGAUGAUCAGGACUCGGAUGAUGAGAGAAUCAUCCGCCCGAACCCCCUGGCGAUGCCGGACCUCCUCCCGACACCCCGAGUCAGAAGAACCUUCCAACCGAGAGCAGCAUCGACGACACUGCAAAUGAGGAGGUGGAGCCGCAAAUUUUCAGUUUUUUGUGCUGAAAAUGUCGACACGCCCAUUUUUGUCCAGAUCCGCUCGCUUUUCGGGAGCUUCUAUUUCCCACAAAGCUCCAACGGUACCCCGAAAGCGUCGAUGUCAAAUGGGCAGAAUUUCGCACAGCAACGGGAAAGAGAAAAAUCGUUUGUCGGCUACUUUGGAGGUGGCAUUGGCUCGAGCGGAAACGGAACUGUCAACCGUCCCGGAAGAACAACGGACCCGCUUUCUCAGGUGCAAGUCAACGUCAAUGUCAACCCAGCAGCCGGCUCCAAUGGAAUUACCGUGGACCAGGACGCUCCCGAGAUCCGAAAAUACAAGAAGAAGUUCUCGGGGUUGAUGUUGCUGGAUCGGUCGGGACAAGGAAAAGUCUACCCUCUCAUCAGCGGCCGUCGCUUCGAGCAAAUGUCGGUGUUGGAGGGGCAGAAUAUUCUUGUGACCAUCAGUGGAAAGAAGCAGCGGAUACGAGUCUACUAUCUAUCGUGGGAGCCGGGAGGUGUUCCUCAGGAAAAACGGAACGGCUGGGUCAACGUUGGUGAUCUUCAUGGCGCCAUCCACUUUAAGAUUGUCCGGUACGAGCGCAUAAAAUUCCUGGUCAUCGGCCUCGCCGACACGAUCGAGAUCUUCGCCUGGGCCCCGAAGCCGUACCACAAGUUUAUGAGCUUCAAGUCCUUCGGAUCCCUAUGCCAUCAACCGCUCGUCGUCGACCUGACCGUUGAGGAGAAUGCGAGAUUAAAGGUUCUAUACGGAUCCCAUGAGGGCUUCCACGCCAUCGACCUCGACAGUGCUGCAAUUUACGACAUCUACACCCCACCUAACGGCCAGACGAGCAUGACACCGCACUGUAUCGUUGUUCUGCCGAAUUCCCAUGGGAUGCAGUUGCUGCUCUGCUAUAACAACGAAGGCGUCUACGUGAACACCUACGGAAAGCGGUCAAAGAGCACGACGUUGCAAUGGGGAGAGUUGCCAUCGAGUGUUGCUUACAUCUCGACCGGCCCAAAUCAUGGGCUGGGGCAA